UCAGUGGAAGAGGUGUUUGCGGAGGGGAGUGGUCAGCAGCCAGAGAAACCUCCCAAAGAUCUGCCAGCAAGGUAGACGAGGAAGGAUUAGAGCUUGCGGUGUGUCGGCAUGGAGUGCUUCUCCAUGCUUUAAAUAUGUACAGGGGGGAAGUUUUUGCAUACCCCCUGUAUUUGCAGGAAAAGCUGUCCAGUAGGCAAAUCACUUUUUUUGUAUGGAUGUGACCUGUAAAUAUUGGCCCUACCUUCAAAAAGUGUCAAGAAGCUGCCCAGAGCUCCAGCACCUUCUUGAAAUGAAGCCCUUCCUCUCAGUUUUUCAUGCGAAAGCACAUGAUUUUAAGUGUGAGGUGAAGUGGAGUGGGGCUUAUCAGGAUGGGGCUGGUUUAACUCUUGGGGAGGAGGUGGAACAGUGUAAUGCUUCUCUCUAGAAUUGCAGUGACUACAAAGCAUAUGUCAAAAGCAGGUCGUACUGACAUGCUCACUCUGAUGGCUAUGCACUGGAAUCGGCAAAAGUUUAAGAAUUUGGCCACCUCACUGACUUGCCGAUAUCAGAAGGCCACAAAAGCCCUUCAAAGCCAGCUGGAAAACCUGGAGUCGAUGAAAGCUCAACUGGCAGUAACAUCGAGCCAAUUAGAAGACUGGGUCAAUGAUGUACAGGAUUGGUCAAAUGCAACCACAACAAGUGAUGUUGAUGCCUUGGCCAGCAGAAUUGAGGUGUUGGUGGCAAGUAUCAAAAGGCGUUCCCAGCGUCUCUAUAAAGAAACUGAUGGCAGCAAGGGUCGUGCCAGGUUCCGGCGCAAGAUAAGGGAGGAGAAGGGGACUCUGGCUUCUUUUGUGGAGAAAUACAACCAAAUGGUUCCAAGCACUGAAACUCUAUGCUUGGAAACCAUUCUCUCUGGUGAGACAGCUUGGCCAUGGCAGCUACCACACACGGACUCUGUCAGUCUGCAGACAAAGAGAAAGGCAUUUGACGUCAUCAUGUCACUAAAGAGACUUGAGGAAGAGAAGAAGAUUCUUGUGGCAGAAAUGAGCCACCAUUGGAAAUUUCUUUCAGCUCGUGCCAAUGCCCUUAAAGAGCUGUCCUGUCUUAUUUCUAGUGACACAAUGGAAGGUUUGCCCUGUGGCCUAAGUGGAGAGUGUAUAAAAGGUCUGCAGAGCAUCAUCCUCAGAAAGCACCAUAAAGUCAAAGAAAUGAAGGUGCUUGCUAGAGACUGUUAUCUGCAAGUACUGUCUGGAUCGGAGAACAUCAACUUUUUGGAAAAUUCUUCAUCUGAUGAGUAUGAGAGUGACAAUGAAAUGUAUGAAAGUGAUGAUGAACUGUAACCCACAAGCCUCUGAAACCUGGGACUGAUCACGCCACCACCUGCAGCCAAUCAGACUGGCUAUAUAAGCUCCUCAAGAACUCUGAACUUUGCGAAGUCUUGAUUUGCCCAGUGUGAUCAUUACGGAGCGUUAUUAUUCUGAUUGUGUUUAUUCUGUUGUGACAUGGUUUGUUAAUUUG